AGGAUAGAAAACGUUGUUGUGAAAUCAAAGCAACAGGAAAGAGAGAGAGAGAGCACUUGCGACCGAUUGAUUCAAUCAAAUCUUCAUAUCUCUCUCUCUCGGCAUAUUCUUCGAAUCUCUGCCCUCAGGAAAGUUCUAGAUCUUUCUCAGUUGCCGCAAUUCAGAAUCGAAGUAGAAUGAUUUAGUGAUCAUUCUCGAGUUCUGUGUGAGAAAGGAUGCUCCGUUGAGCUGAUCGUUUAGGUCAAUUAAGGUUGGCUCUCAGUCUAUACGUUGUGGGAAGAUAAAUGAUGAACGGGAAGGUUGAGUGCAGUGUAUGUCGUAGCAAGACUAUUUCCAGGGCCUAUGAUGAUCAUAAGAUUAGAGUGACCUCAAGGCAACGCGUCCUCAAUGUCCUUUUGGUCGUUGGUGACUGUAUGCUUGUUGGUCUUCAGCCUGUAUUGGUUUACAUGUCUAAGGUGGAUGGCAAGUUCAACUUCAGUCCUAUUAGUGUCAACUUCUUGACAGAGAUUGCAAAAGUUGUUUUUGCCAUUGUGAUGCUUCUAAUCCAGGCCAAUCACCAAAAAGUCGGAGAGAAGCCACUUUUAUCUGUUUCAACAUUUGUCCAGGCAGCUCGAAACAAUGUGCUUCUUGCUGUUCCAGCCCUGUUGUAUGCAAUCAAUAACUACCUGAAGUUCACAAUGCAGCUAUAUUUCAACCCUGCUACCGUGAAGAUGCUUAGCAAUCUAAAGGUUCUGGUUAUUGCUGUUCUAUUAAAGCUGGUAAUGAAGCGGCGGUUUUCCAUCAUUCAGUGGGAAGCACUUGCUCUGUUGCUAAUAGGGAUUAGUGUAAAUCAACUGCGUUCUCUUCCUGAAGGUGCUACUGCCAUUGGCAUUCCUCUUGCUACGGGUGCAUACAUUUGUACCAUUAUCUUUGUUACUGUUCCAUCGAUGGCAUCUGUCUUUAACGAGUAUGCUCUGAAGAGUCAGUAUGACACAAGCAUAUAUCUUCAGAACUUGUUUCUUUAUGGCUAUGGUGCGAUAUUCAACUUUCUUGGAAUACUAGCAACUGUUAUAUAUAAAGGUCCUGGCAGCUUUGACAUCCUACAAGGACAUUCGAGGGCAACCGUGUUUCUAAUAAUGAACAACGCAGCACAAGGGAUUCUAUCCUCCUUUUUCUUCAAAUAUGCAGAUACAAUCUUGAAGAAAUAUUCAUCCACAGUUGCCACAAUAUUUACCGGGAUAGCAUCUGCAGCACUCUUUGGACAUGUUAUAACCAUGAACUUUCUGCUUGGGAUUUCAAUCGUUUUCAUUUCAAUGCACCAGUUCUUUUCACCCCUUGCCAAAGUGAAAGACGAACAACAACAGAACGGGAGCCUAGAACUAAGCAAUGCAAAUGAUACUCACAGGGCUGAUGACUCAUUCAUCAACAUGGCCGCAGGAGCAAAUGAAGAGGCUACUCACCGCGGUGAAUCAGACGACAGAACGCCGCUUCUUCCCAGAUAA